AUGUUACCGUCCGUCCAUGCGCACCAGAUGGUGCAGUCCCCAAACAAUCUUUACCCCUUAUCUUCUCUCCAGCCAGACCGCAGGCAGGGUCACUUUUCCUUUCCCCGAUAUGCCCCCACUGCUGCGAGAGCACCCGAGUCCACCCCAAGCUCCGACUUUGGAUCACUACAUCGGGUCUUUCCUAUUCGUUCCACCCAGCCAUCGCGGGCGUUGCCGGUCCGUCCGAGAUCAAACCCUUUCAUACUACCGCCUCGUCUCUCCGACGAACAUCAACUUAGACGCAAAACUCCUAGUGGAACAAUCGAUGCUGGGUACGACGGCAACCCAGCCCAACUGGCGUCUACACCUCCACCUCUAAAGCAUAUGAUCCUGUCUACAUCAUCUAAUCUCAUUCCUUCCGGCUACUCGCAGCACGAUUUUCAACCGAGGAAGCGCCUCGUUACAUCUUCGGUUGAAGACUGGGCAAAUCAAUCUUGGCCGCUCUUUUCCAUCUCUGAUUACAAUGACCCACUAGCUUUAGACUUGGUCCCGCCGCUAGGGGUGAACUGGAGGCAAGGGCCGGGUAACGGUUCACGCACGAUCACGACCCUCGACUGUGUGCCCAACGGGUCGCUCACGGCUUAUUACCCCCAUAACAACGGGACCGAGGUGCCGACGGUUCUGCAGCCUAUGUACCAGCACCAUCCCGGCCCUGCCAUAUUCGACAAUGGGGGGUUACUUCCGCUUCCAAUCUGGCCUAAUGCCAACUUAAGUCGUCAUCCCACGGUACAUCCAGAGCUGCUGAAUCAUCGUGAAUCGAACCGCCAACCAGUCCUCCGCCCACAGCAUAUGUCGAUGCCAUUCAGAGCAUCUUCGAAUAGCCGGCCUCGGUUUGAGGAUCCCCCGACUGGCUUGCGGACGCCCUCUCAGGGGUUGGAAUCACUCACUCUCGAACCUGUCCAGCACAUCCGGCCCGUACUAGAAUUUCACGAAAGCUCUACACCUAUAAGAUUUAGGGAAAGGGCGCUUGCAAAUGCUCAUAGAUCAUAUAUCGAACUUUUAGCAUACUUACACCAAUGCAAGAAAGCGCAAGGCCGUUCUUCUCAUGAAUUCCGACCUACCAAAAUGGUUAUAUUCCCAAAGCUUCCCAAAUCACCAAACUCCCUUGCCUACGUAUCCACACCCCGACGACCCCAGGGUGUGCAUGCGGCCAGAGAUCCGAACGGCGGCCAUGGACAUUCAGCGGUCGACUCUCUAGUUAAUUCGACCUUAGACUCGCGCAAGCAAUACGUUGUAAGAAGACAAGCUCGAGGUAAUGAACUGUCGAAUUCGGCCUUCUAUCAUCUCGCCCACCUGACGAGAACAAGAGCACCAAUCACACCUUUGGCGGGCGCUAAGGCCGCUGUCGAGAUGCUGACGCAUCUUUGUGAGCAGAGCGGCUGGAAAUGGAUAGACGGGAUGCUAUUGGGAGGUUGCUUGUACUACGGCCUCGAGCGUUAUGAGGAGUCCCUGGAAUGGUUCCAGAGAAUAAUCUCCCUAGAUGCGACUCAUGUUGAAGCAAUUUCGAAUGUGGCAGCUACUCUUUACUGCCUUGAUCGACACGAUGAGGCCGAGACUCAUUGGCUCCAAGCUGUGCGCCUGAGACCCAGCUACUUAGAAGCCGUAGAGCAUCUCGUGGGGCUGCUGUGUUCUAGUCACCGGAGCAAAGAGGCUGUUGAUAUAGUCAACUUCGUUCAGCAAUCCAUUCGUCUUUCGGACGGGCAGGCUAACCGUGACGUCCACCUCGAUCUAGACAAGAGAUCCGGUGACCGGAGAUACAACGCCGCUAGGCCACACAUCAACCCUACCUGUGUAUCCGCAAGCAGAAACGAUGGUGUGAAGGAUCCAAAACAGCCAGGGUUCGGCUCAAGUGGCUACUCCGUACCCGGGAAUGAGAAUGGCCGGAUUAUCGCACUGAUUCAUGCGAAGGGAAAUAUGCUGUAUGCCUUAAAAGAGAUCGACGAGGCCUCGGAAGCAUUCGAGGAAGCCGUGCUUAUCAGUGCCGGCAAGAAACUUAAAUGCAUCCAAUCCCUCAUUCGCAGAAUCCACUCCGUCCUAUCCCCAAUAGAUGCUCACGGGCAUCCGAAACUGGGUGAUUGUCACGGGUCAUCUACCGGGCCAUUGUUGCUACCGCCUGAAAAGGCAAGGCAUACCGCGCAAUUGGUAUUCGCUAAUCAAGGCGAGCUUCCCGGGCUGCGUUUCGUCCCAGACGGAACACCAAAGAAAUCAGCCAUCUCGACCACCAGCAACUCAUUAUUAUCACUCGCCAAGAUUUUUCAGGAUGCCAUGUCCAGUGGAGGCUCUCUUCCUAGGCUCCUACGCCAACCCUCCAGCAUCGGCGACAUUCUAGCGCUCUACUAUUUGUCCCUCUCGCUUUCCGAAAGCCCGUCAACGGCCAACAAUGUAGGGAUACUCUUAGCGAGUGUCCAACACACAAACUCUUUACCACAGCCUCAGGGUUUUGCGAGCCUGAACACGCCGCAGAUACCGGGGAUUGCUCCCGGCAGUGGUCUUUCUCUAGCUCUCGCCUAUUACAAUUACGGCCUAAGUUUAGACUCGAAACACGUUCACCUCCAUACGAACCUCGGAAGUCUCCUCAAGGAUGUUGGUCAGCUUGAUAUGGCUAUACAGAUGUACGAACAGGCCGUUGCCUGCGACGGGAGCUUUGACAUUGCCCUCACAAACCUAGCUAAUGCCGUCAAGGACCGGGGACGUAUCAGUGACGCUAUCAUGUACUACAGGCGGGCCGUCCACUCCAAUCCAGAAUUUUCCGAGGCGGUAUGUGGCCUCUCAACAGCUCUCAACUCCGUUUGCGAUUGGAAUGGCCGAGGCGGCGUGCUAUUACAAGAUGGAGCGUAUGACCGCUGGCAUGUUGAUGAAAAGGGGAUGCUUCAAGAUGCCAAAAGUGUAGGGGUCAGCAAUGGCUUAAUGAAGAGGGUCGUUGACAUAGUCUCGAAACAACUCGGCGAGUCUAGUCACUGGGGAUCUGGCGUUUUACAAAACGGAGGCCUUGAAACUCUUACCACACAGCUCAAUCAUCUUGCACCGAGCAGGGCGCGGGGGGCAUUGGAUUUCAAGCUUGAGAUUCACAGGUGGGCUUCCUCCCCGUGGGAGGGCUCCAAAAUCCUACGACUGGUCGAACGUUCAAUAAAGGUGGCGAUGCGGCGUUGGUACCAGGAUAAGUACGUCUACCAUAGGCCAUCGCAGCCAGGAUACUCCAGGCUUGUGCUGCCGUCAUCUUUGGCGAUUCCAGCAGCACCAACUGUCCUUCCCUUCCACACAUUCACCUGCCCCCUAACAGCCAAAGAUAUCCGGAUGAUCUCCCAGCGGAAUGCAGCCAGGAUAUCAUGCUCUACGCUCAAAUCUCCGUGGCUCCCCAGUUCUAUAUAUCCGCCCCCGCCGCCUCCCAGCCCACAGCUAAAUAUAGGGUAUGUGUCUUCGGACUUCAAUAAUCACCCUUUAGCUCACCUGAUGCAAUCCGUAUUUGGAUUUCACGACCCUUCGCGCACAAAAGCUGUCUGCUAUGCUACGACGGCCAGCGACAAGUCAGUUCAUCGGCUACAGAUUGAGCGUGAAGCCCCUAUAUUCCGAGAUGUCAGCAACUGGCCCCCAGAGAAGCUCACAGAACAGAUAGUGAAGGAUGAGAUACAUAUCCUUGUCAACCUAAAUGGGUACACCAGGGGCGCCAGGAAUGAGAUCUUUGCAGCGCGACCUGCACCAAUCCAGAUGUCUUUUAUGGGAUUUGCGGGCACCCUUGGCGCCGAAUGGUGCGAUUAUAUCUUGGCUGAUAAAAUCGCCAUCCCGCCGUCAACGUUGCGACCAACAAGAAGCAACAUGAAUCUCGAGGACGUCUUCCGGGACGACGAAUUUAGCGGCACCGGCGAUUGGGUAUACUCGGAAAACAUCGUCUUCUGCCGGGACACUUUCUUCUGCUGUGACCAUGCCCAAUCGUGCGAUCCCGAGGAGAGGAGCGUAACGUGGGAGGACGAGCAACGGCGCAGAUGGAAGAUGCGAAAGGAGCUUUUCCCAAGUCUUCCGGACGAUGCAAUCAUAUUAGGCAAUUUCAAUCAGCUCUACAAGAUCGACCCUUCGACUUUUCGCGUGUGGUUGCGCAUUCUCUCCAACGUUCCCAAGGCCAUUCUGUGGCUACUUCGAUUUCCCGAACUCGGAGAGAACAAUUUGAGGAGAACGGCAAAGGCCUGGGCGGGCGAGGAGGUCGCCAGCAGGAUCAUCUUCACAGACGUGGCACCGAAGCAGCAUCACAUAUCACGCGCACGCGUCUGUGAUCUCUUUUUGGACACGCCAGAAUGCAAUGCGCACACAACCGCAGCAGACGUCCUGUGGUCCAGCACGCCACUGUUGACAUUACCAAGAUAUCCGUACAAGAUGUGCUCCCGUAUGGCAGCCUCGAUCCUGUCAGGCGCAUUACCAAAGACGCCUCGCGGGUACGAAGUAGCUAGGGAGCUCACCGCUCGCGACGACGCUGACUAUGAGAAAAUGGCAACUAAACUCGCUGGUGACCUCAGGUAUCGAUGUGUCGAUGGGUCUUAUUGCGAAGGACACGGAGAGUUAGCUGAUAUGCGGAGGACACUUUUCGAAGCGAAAUGGACAUGCGCACUCUUCGACACGCGGAGGUGGGUGGCCGAUCUAGAGAGGGCAUACGAAGAAGCAUGGCGGCGUUGGGUAGCCGGCGAAAGUGGCGACAUCUACCUAUAGCGGGUAUACAUGUCUAGAAUGAGACAGGGAAUUGGCGUCUUCCAAUUCCAGGCUCUGUAUCAACUGACGAGGAACGGGAGUUGCGGGUGCAUACGUGAGGGCACCACGUUGGUGGAAGAGACCCCUCCUGACCCGGUAUUAGAACACCGAGGGGUUCUAGUAGUGGACCGAGGGAUUGACCCUCUACCAACUGGGCAUUCACCGGGUCCCUAGGUUGCAUUUUGAACUUCGCUGGGUUGGCAUGGAGAAUUUGAAGUUUCAGUCAUAGAUAGGGAGGCAGACUCAUACCAAGUGCUGGUGGGGUUUACCUUUCCCGGGGACAGACAUGCGGAGUUGUUUCAGUAGCGACGGAACAGGGCGUUCGGCGAUCUGACGCUGCAGAACCUGUAUUAUUUACAAUGUGUUAUGGGCGGGUUUCUUAUAAAUAUACCCAGAGCCGUCGAGACGAGUAAGUUGGGUUAUCCUCUUAUUACGUCAUUAAGGUUCUUUUCUCUCUUUUAUUAAGGCUCUUUAACUACCACUCAUAGCGUUGGUACCUUAGUACCCGGAGCCUUAAGUAGUGCCUUUUAGUAUAUUAGCCUGUGUAUAAAAGAGACCUUAGUAUGGCCAUCUAAGGAAAGGGUGAAC